GUUCAUCAUGCCUGAUGAUUCAACAGAAAAAAGAGCACCUACGUGUAGAGUACAUGUUUAAUGUUUCUGUCUAAGAGGUAAGCAUUUUUAAUGCAGUGAGGCUUUGGUGUGAAAUAUGAAUACUGUUAUAUAUAGCAGACUGAGAAUGCAGAGGACUGUCAUCACUCACAUCACACUUCCUGUAAGUGAGGAAAGAAUCAGUCUUGAGUUUUCAGCGGAGAGAGGGCCUCAAUGUCGUUAGUUCCUUCUUUCAUUCAAGAGACAUCCUGCCAGACAGCUACCAGUACAACAUUCCGGAACUAUUUCACUUCAUAUUCAUCCCAGGACGACACAGCUGUUGUCUUACACAGAUUCUUUGCGUAAAGUCCCUGAAACAGCCAGAAGACUGAAGAAAACAAUGACUAUGCUCUUGGUUUUCAUAUGGCUGCUGCCACUGAUAGCAUGCAGCACAGUCACAUCUGGCCAGAGUCACAACUUCACUUCUGUGACGACAGGCAAGGAAACAGGAAAUAAGUUCACUCAGGGUCAUCUGACAACACAGGACACAUCCAGCUUAAAUCCACUCUCAGGUAAACUGUCCAUCACAGCUGAUGUAAAUCCAACAGAGGGAAAAACUACAAUACCCAGCACCACACUUCCCCUUCAAGCAACACCCUCUCAGAUUUUACCAGUGAAGGAAAAAGCAGCAACUCCAACCAGUUCCAUGUUGUCUCAGUUCGACAGCUCAACAGUAGGUCUACAGUCCACAACAAACAUAACAGUCACAUCAUCGGCAACAAAGGUUGUAACCAGUCAAACCAGUAAUCCAAGCACAAUGACAGGGGUACCUCCAAUACUAAGAAACUCCACCCAAAGCCAAGACACAGGAAAGACAUUGACCGUCCUACUGACAAGUGAUAACAUGACCCAUCAGCCUACACACCUGGCACAGUCUACACAGCUCAUCUCUACUGCAACCACCUCCACCAAGUCUACUGGUACCAGCCCAGUCACAGGUGGUAAGACUGCACACUCCACAGGUUUCUACAAAACUACACCAGCCACGACAAAGACUCAAUUCAACCACAUCACCAGGGCAAAGAAAGGACAAGACCCACCAGGAAAAAAGGGAACAAACCACAGUAAAGCAGUGGCAGGGAUAAUAGGUGGAGCCUUGGUCUUGAUGAUGGUCGUACUUGUGGUCAUCUUCAUAAAGAAACGGAAGCUUCAGAAGCAGCAGAUUACAACGACAGACUGGGCUGGUCCUUCUCCAUUUCUAGACAGUGGAGCUGAUGAUGACCACACAACACUGAGGUCACACAACCAAAUUUCUCUCUCCAGCUUCUUACCUCAGAGGCUGUCCAAAAGAUUGUCCUUGCAACCAGAAACAGAGGAGUUAGUAAACAUGACAGGAACUACAUUUGGAGAUAAGCGUCAAAGAAAUACAUUAGGUCUAUCGAUGGAUGGAAAGGAUGUUCCAGAAACCAAUGAAACUGCUACAGUGGUUCAAGAAAUGAAAAGCACAGGAGACAUUCCAGAGACUGUAGAAAACUCUGUCUCAGUGAUCUCCGCACAAACAAAUGGCCAACACUCCAAAACCAAGAACUCAGAGGCUGCAAAUCCUCCUACUCUAUCAGGAGUCGUGGAAAAUGUUCCCAAACAAGUGAGUGAUGGCCUGGGUCAUUCACAAACCCUGCAAAGCUCCACCAUCACUGGUUUCUUGGCAGCAACAUAUGUGAGUGAGAACACAGGAAACUGACCAACUUAUCACCAAACCAGGAAAAAAGAGAAGUUGUUUAUCUACAGUUGCAAGAAAAAGUAUGUGAACCUUUUGGAAUUUCAGGGUUUUCUGCAUUAAUUUCUCCUAAAAUGUGAUCUGAUCUUCAUCUAAGGCAAGGGUAUUGACAAAUAUAAUGUGCCUAAAAUAAUAACACAAAAAAAUUCUGACCUUUCAUGUUUUUAUUGAGAGCAACCAUAAAAACCUCAUAGUGCUAGUGGAAAAAGUAUGUGAACCCUUUAAUUAAUGACCUCAAAAAAGCAAAUUGGACUCAGGUGUUAGCAUACCUGGAGUUUAGAGGUGUGGACUAGAGCUACUUUGACUGAUAAAAACCACUCAAACAUUUUGACUUUACUCAUCACAAGAAGAAUACGCUUAUGUGAGCCAUGCCUCGGCAAAAAGUUUUCAGAGGAUCUACCAUCAAGAAUUGUUGAUUUACACAAAGCUGGAAAGGGUUAUAAAGUCAUUUCAAAGACUUUAGAAAUUCACCAGUCUACAGUUAGGCAAACAAUCUACAAAUGGAGACACUUUGGGACCUGUGGCUACUCUACCGAGAAGUGGGCACCCAGUCAAAAUGACCCCAAGAGCACAAGAUCAAUGAGGUAAAGAACCAACCCAGAGUGACAGCCAAAGACUUGAAGGCAGGACACCACGAAGGAAGCCGCUGCUUACUAAAAAGAACAUUGCUGCACGCCUGAAGUUUGUGAAAGAGCACAUUGACACUCCACAGCAGUGUUGGCAAAAUGUUUUGUGGACUGAUGAAACUAAGAUUGAACUAUUUGGAAAGAACACACAGCACUACAUCUGGCAUAAAAAGGGCACUGCAUAUCAUCAUGAAAACAUCAUCCCAACUGUAAAGUAUGGUGGAGGAAACACCAUGAUUUGGGUCUGCUUUGCUGCAUCAGGGCCUGGCCAGCUUGCAAUCAAUGAGGGGAAGAUGAAUUCCCAAGUGUAUCAAAAAAUUCUUCAGGAUAAUGUGAGAAUGUCUGUAUGUCAGCUGAAACUCUGUAGAAGUUGGGUGAUGCAACAGGACAAUGAGCCAAAACACUGGAGCAAUUCCACAACAGAAUGGCUUCAGAAAAACAAAAUCCACCUUUUGGAGUGGCCAAGUCAGAGCCCAGACCUCAAUCCAAUAGAGAUGCUAUGGAAUGAUUUGAAGAGAGCCAUACACGAGACAUCAACCAGGGGGUCAACCAGCUAUUAAUUCCAAGGGUUCACUUACUUUUUCCACUACCAUUUUGAAUGUUGAAUGAGUGUGUUCAAUAAAGACAUGAAAUAUAUAAAAAAAAUUGUGUUAUUAUUUUAGGCACAUUAUAUUUGUCAAUUAUUAUAUUUGUCAUUUUAGGAGAAAUUAAUGCAUAAAACCCUGAAAUUCCAAAGGGUUCACAUACUUUUUCUUGCAACUGUAUGUCUCUGCUGCCAUAUGUGGAGUAUAAUAUUAAAAGAUAAAAUGGUAAUAAAACACCCACAACAUUUUAAACUACAUCAUUAACUGUAGAGAGAAAAGUAUUUCUUGACAUUUUUAGAUCCUCAACCAUGUGUGAUGUACAUGUCAGAGCCAGGUUUUAAGUCAACCUGCUUCUAAAUUAUAACAAGGCCAAUGUGCCUCUCACCAUCAACACUUCAGAGUCUCACACCAGAGCCUUGCAGGAUUUCCUUUAUCAUCAUGUAAGAAUGUCACCCAGACCUGAACAGUGUCAAGUUUCGUCUGACACAGAAGUUAGAAUCAGUUCAUAUGACAGUAUCAAAAGCAGGAUGUGGAUCAAAUCUGGUCAAAUUGAUUUACUGUCUGCAGGGUGAUGUGGCAUGUACAACGGACAAGAGAAUAGACUCAACAUCCUCUGAAAUGGAGUCACACGUCUUUAUAUUUUACAUAUCAUUUUUCACAAGUUUAAAUAAAAAUUUCAGAAGAGCUCAUUUCUGACUUGCAGAUUAGUUAGUUUUUUGACAGGCUUGUGCAGUCAGUCUAAAAAUGGUUUUGCAGACUUAUAGGAGAGUUUCUCUUGUAGUAUUCCAGUGGAACUGUAGGCACCACUGUCAGAGAAUAAAAACCACUGGCUACACGACUGUCAACCACUCUGCCCAUCGUCCCAGACUCAGCACAUUUCAGCUCCAAGCUGUGCCUACUGCUGACGGUCAGGGUCACGGUCAGAGAGGGACUGUACUCAUAUGAAGACAAUAAAACACUCUGAAAUUAAUGACACAAAAUGAAAACACAUGGAACAGAAAAGCUGGACUGUUACAUUCGCCAGUAGGAAUAUUAUACCUACCAUCAGCUGGUUUGUUAGUUAGAUAUCUGAAAAACUCAUAACAACUCUUAAUCUAGAUCCAGUGGGGGAACCAUGAACUUGAGGCAUUUCAAGAGAUUUAAUCUCUUCCGACCUGUGCAGCCUGGGCCUUGGUGACUUUCCUCUGUUCAGUGUGGUUAUUCAUGUUGUGCUGUUUCUAGGCUGAGACAUGAGAAGAGUAUUUCCAUAUAUUCAGUCUGGUUGUCUGCUCAUAUUGUUCUUUUGCAUGUUGGUAGUAACCGUGAUCAUAAUGCUUCAAAAUGUCUGUAAAUGUAUAUUUUGAACUUGUUUCUGAACAUUAGGCAAAGAAAAAAACUCAUGGUGAAACUGGUUUCUGUCACGUUUUUGAGUGGUUGUGGUUUUUAAUGUCACUUCCACAUACCAAAUUAUUCUACACCUGUACAUGAACUGGUUUCCUCCAAACAGUUGAACUACUAAAAAUAUUAAACCUGGGUAGACCAAGGACCAAGUUAAUGAUUUUACUGAAAUCAGAUUUAUUCAGCUCUUUCAGCUCAUCCCAAGUGAUAGUAAACAGUCAUGGCACUGACACAUUCAGAGUCACAGCCAUGAGCCAAGAGGUGCUGUAGACCAUCUAGGUUAGUUAGUUUUCAUUACAUAUCCAUCAAACAAAUCAAUAAUCCCUGAUCAUCUCUCUUAAUUCACCUUUAUAUUUAUGCAACCUGCCACCUACCACCUCAUCACUAUAAAGCUGCAUUGACUGACUUUCAUUACUAACAUGGUAUCUCCUUAUUAAGUAGAGAUGGUAAAUAAUUGCUAAUUUUCAUAUCCAGCAGAUACAGAGCAACAUUUGCAUUUCAUCUAAAGUCAAAUGUAUGCCCAAUAUUCACUCUCAUUUUAGCUCUGGCAUGGUUUAAAAUCUCUCUUGAGCAGCUAAAUGCUCCACUGUGUUCACCAGCUGCUCUCUAACUGUGUCUGUCUGUUGCUGAGCAGGUGGAGGACAGUGUGCAAUAUGACCAAAAUCUCACAUUUCAAUAGUGAUAUACUGUCGUCCUCAAUUUUUAUUUAUUUUUUUAAUCAGUGUUUAACAUUCGGUCAAUAAUGUUAAAGGUAUUUAUUCCAUUGUAACAUGUUGAAAUAACUACCAGACAAAGAUUAACACAAUUGGGACAUGUUUGUUGAGAUAUUGUCAGAGAACAUGGUAUUUUUUGGUAAUCCAUGAAUAAAAUACCCCUGAAAUGAA